GCGUGACAGCUCCGCCUCCCCGACUCUUUCAAGAACGAGGCAGAUCACCUCCAGACACCAGGAAACCCACUGGAUCAAAUCUGGGCGAAGACAAUCCCUCCGCACCACUUUGAGCGCGGAUUAAUCUAAAGACAACUAGUUCUACUCCGUCUCCUACAUUUGCUGACAGGAAGACAUGGCUGCUCAGUGUGUGACCAAGGUGGAGCUCACGGUGUCCUGCGACAAUCUCCUGGACAGAGACAUCGGCUCCAAAUCUGACCCCCUGUGCGUCCUUUUGAUGAGCAGCUCUGACUCCCAGUGGUAUGAGAUGGGACGCACGGAAAGAGUGCAGAACUGCCUCAAUCCAAAGUUUGCCAAAAAGUUUGUCAUCGACUACUACUUUGAAAUAGUCCAGAAGCUGAAGUUUGGGAUUUACGACAUCGAUAACAAGACAGUUGACCUGAGUGAUGACGACUUCCUGGGGGAGCUGGAGUGCACCCUGGGUCAGGUUGUUUCCAGUAAUAAACUGACCCGACCGCUGGUGCUGAAGAACAACAAGCCAGCUGGAAAGGGGACGAUCACUAUCAUUGCAGAGGAAAUUAAAGACAACCGGGUGGCAAACCUUGAGGUGGAGGCAAGAAAGCUGGAUAACAAAGAUUUCUUCGGGAAGUCAGAUCCCUAUUUAGAGUUUUACAGACAAACAGGAACCGGGUGGCAGCUGGCCCACAGGACAGAGGUGGUGAAGAAUAACUUGAACCCAACAUGGAAGCCGUUUAAAAUCCCGCUGCAGUCGCUGUGUGGAGGAGACCUGGAGAAACCCAUUAAAGUGGAGUGCUACGACUACGACGACGACGGCUCGCAUGAUUUGAUUGGAUCCUUCGAGACGACGAUGAAACGACUCCAGGAUGCCACUCGAACCUCUCCGGCAGAGUUUGAAUGCAUCAACAGCAAAAAGAAACAGAAGAAGAAAGGCUACCGUAACUCUGGUAUUGUGAGCGUGAAGUUUUGCCAGGUUUUGAAGGAGUAUACAUUCCUGGAUUAUAUAAUGGGAGGCUGUCAGAUCAACUUCACUGUGGCUGUUGACUUCACCGGCUCUAACGGAGAUCCUCGGUCUCCUCAGUCCCUGCAUUACAUCAGCCCUCAGGGCGUUAACGAGUACCUCUCUGCCAUUUGGUCUGUGGGCAACGUCAUUCAGGACUACGAUGCUGAUAAGAUGUUUCCUGCAUUCGGCUUUGGAGCCCAGAUUCCACCGUCCUGGCAGGUUUCCCACGAGUUUCCGCUCAACUUCAACCCAAGCAAUCCGUUUUGUGCAGGUGUUCAAGGGCUGGUGGAGGCCUACAGGGCGUGUCUCCCACAGGUCAAACUUUACGGUCCCACCAAUUUCUCCCCAAUCAUCAACCAUGUAGCCUGUUUUGCUAAACAAGCCCUUCAACAAAACACUGCAUCGCAAUACUUCGUCCUGCUCAUCAUCACCGACGGAGUCAUCACCGACAUGGACCAGACGCGCAACGCCAUCGUCAACGCCUCCCGCCUGCCCAUGUCCAUCAUCAUCGUUGGAGUGGGAGCGGCGGACUUCAAGGCCAUGGAGUUCCUGGACGGAGACGAUGGCCGUCUACGUUCCCUGUCCGGCGAGGCCGCCAUGAGGGAUAUCGUCCAGUUUGUCCCCUUCAGGAAUUUCAAGAACGCGCCCAGCCAGGCUCUUGCCCAAAGCGUUUUAGCCGAGUUGCCUCAGCAAGUAACCUCUUUCUUCGCCUUACACAAACUGAAGCCUCCCCGAGAUCCAAGUCCUUCUUAGGGGCUCCUCCUGAGGUCCUGGCAAAGAGCGUGUUGGCUGAAAUCCCGGCUCAGCUAGUAGACUUUUUCUCCACCAUGAAGCUAAAUCCACCAAACCCGACAGGGACCAAGUGAUGCCGUAAAGAAACCUGACUGUAGUUAUAAUAAUCCUGUUAUGAUGCAGGAUCUCUGUUUGCUUGUCGAUUAACUAUAUUGCUGCUUUAAAGGAGGUCAGACACUGAUGUUUGACAUACAGUCUGGCUCAGAAGCCUCCGCUACUAAUUGAUGCCAAACGUGCUUUAUUAAAUUAAGGACCAGAUCCUGUGCCGAUGUAGGUACCGGAUCUGCUCAUGGCCCUGCCCCUUCUUGUGACGUCAUCAUAUGCCAACUCCGCUCUGACAAAUGUAUUAAACUCGUUUUAUUAAGGAUCUACCGUAAAAUCCGGACUAUAAGCCGCUACUUUUUUCCCGCUGUUUGAACACUGCGGCCUAUAAUACAGUGCUGCUAAUACAUGUUUUUUUUUUUCAUGGAGCGAAAAACAGACCAAUAAAAUUGAUGAGUAUUCACAGAGGUCCAAUGAAAAAGUGCGAUACAUUAUUCUCACUUUCACAGUUAUUUACAGUCUUGUAAAUCAGUCAUUUUCGGAAGGCUUCGGUACGCAGGAGGAAGAAGAAAGUGAUUAAUGACUUUUCCUGGUCGGCUGCAAUGUUAAAAGUAUUAAAAAUACCGGUAUAUGCAGCUGUAUUUGCGUGUUACCGACACAUACGUAUAUUUAAAUGUGUUACAGGGUAGUUU